GGCUGUCAAUCAUUCAUCAUCAACGCUUGGAAAAGACCGAAGAAGAAGAGCGCUUUCAACUUUUAGCUUCCAGGUGAGUUAUAUGGUGAUGAUCGCCUGACCACUGGCACAGCUGCUUUGAGAGAGAGAGAGAGAGAGAGAGAGAAUGAAGAGUAGUUGUUGGGUUUUCAUAAUUGCGUUCAUCAUCGCCAUAGAUGUGUAUGGGUUAUCAUCAUCCCUCGUGAAUUCACAAGCAGAUUCCUGCAGCUCUAACCUGAACCUCAAUGGUUCUGUCUCUUUCGAUACAUCUUCCCUCCGAUGUCUACCUGUUUGGGAUGGUCAAGGCUUCAUCCUACGAUAUUCGCAGACCGCAUCAAACAUAUGGAGCUUUGUUCUGUCGGCUCCCGACACCAACUCUUACAUAGCCAUAGGGUUCUCAACCAACGGCGCGAUGGUUGGUUCGAGCGCGGUGGUGGGUUGGGUCGACCCAUCAAAUGUUGGAACGGUAAAGCAGUAUCAUCUGGGCGGAACUUCACCGAGCCUUGUGUCGCCUGAUCAGGGCAGCUUGCAAUUUGUGAGCGGCUCAACCGCAAUCGUAUCCCAAUCGUCGCGUUUAUACAUGGCUUUCCAGUUGCAAACCAAUCAGCCUGAAUCUCGGCUGCUGUACUCGGUCGGACAAGGCGGCGUGUUGCCCUCUGCGCCGAACUUCGCCUUGUCCGAGCACCAAGCAAAGGUCUCCACUACCAUCAACUAUGGAACAGGUCAAAGUGCAUCGGGAGGAAGCCCAUAUGGAAGACUAAGAAGGAGCCAUGGAGUGCUGAACAUGCUUGGAUGGGGCAUUCUAAUGAUAAUAGGAGCCAUGGUUGCUCGUUACUUGAAGGAAAAAGACCCAAUUUGGUUUUAUUUCCAUAUCUCUAUUCAAUCAUUCGGAUUUUUACUUGGAGUUGUGGGAGUAAUAUGUGGAUUCGUCUUGAAUGAUCGUCUCAACGCCAAUGUCACUGCUCACAAGGGUCUUGGAAUCUUCAUUCUUGUGCUUGGUUGCCUCCAGGUGAUGGCCUUUUUGGCUCGACCAAACAAGAUGUCAAAAUGGAGAAAAUACUGGAAUUGGUACCAUCAUAAUGUGGGGAGAAUUUUAUUUAUUUUCGCAGUUGCAAACAUCUUCUAUGGAAUCCAUUUGGGUGGAGAAGGACACGGUUGGAGUGUUGGGUAUGGAGUUGUUCUUGCCGUCUUGUUCAUUAGUACUUUUGUAUUAGAGGUAAGAAUUUGGAUUAGGAAAUAAAACCCUUUGCUUUGUUACCCCACCCUAGCUAGCUAUGAUGUUCCCCUUGACUAUUUGAUUUCAUCAAUAUUUUCCCCAUUUUGUUUUUUGUUUUUUCCUUAGCAAACGCUCUCCCCAAAUUAAGUCUUGUGUAAACAAACUAUUUUGCCAUACAACUGAGAUGUCGUGAUAGUCAAAAUUAACUCUUUUUUAUUUAUUUAUUUUUAUUUUAUAUAGAAGUGUUGAUUUAAUGACU